CCGGGUCGCGAUGCCACCAACUCCGACGGGACGGCAGCUACAACUUUUCUCCCGUUUGUAAUGUUACGGACACAUCCCACGUCGCCGACGACAAAAGUCUUUUCUGAUGUGAGAAACACACGUGACACGUCUCUACUGGCCCGAAAAUGUCCCCGGGAUGUAGAGUUUGCGUGGAGGAGAUCCAGUCCUGGUGGGAAGUCCCCGCCAUCGCCCACUUCUGCUCGCUGUUCAGGACGGCCUUCCACCUCCCAGACUUUGAAAUAGAGGAGCUGGAGAAAGCCCUAUCAGAGCAGGACUUUGGCUUUCUUGGGGACCUCAUAGCCUGUUUGUUGCAGGGAUGCUACCAGCGCACUGACAUCACCCCUCAGGCUUUUAGCAGUUACCUCAAUGACAUUAUCAGCUACCGAUGGGAACUGGAGGAGGGGAAGCCCAACCCGCUUCGAGAGGGAUCUUUUGAGACUCUUCCACCCCGCACUCAGGUGGAACUGCUGCACCGACUCUGUGACUACCGUCUGGAUGCUGCGGAUGUCUUUGACCUGCUAAAGGGGCUGGAUGCCGACAGCCUGAGGGUGGAACCCCUGGGGCAAGAUGGAGAUGGGGCCCUCUACUGGUACUUUUACGGCACCCGUAUGUAUAAAGAAGAGCCGAUUCAAAGGAAAACAGAAAAGUUCAGCAGUGAAAUGCCUGAAUUGACAUUACCUGAAAAAAAGAGAAGAGGAAGACCACCAAAGAAGAGAAAGUUGGAGGACCCUCAUCUGAGUGAGGUGGAAAGUGAAGCAGCAGAGGUGAAGACAGAAAAUGAGCAAGAUGAUCUUCCCCCAAUCACAGGUCGUCAACGAGGCACUUGGUCCCUUGUGUGUGAUACAGAGGAACAGUGGAUCAGUCUGGCGGAGAGCAUCAAGGACAAAACCUCCCCACAAGACCGACACCUCUACCGUGUCAUCAGCCAUAACUUCCUGCCUGAGAUCAGCAGCAUGAUUGAGCACAAGGAGCGGGAGCAAAAGGAGAAACUAUUGGAUCAGACCUUGGUUCACACAUCACAACAGUUCUCUGCAAAUCCCAUUACACAAGAGCACAACCUCAAGACCACAUCAGAGGAGGAGAGGAGGAAAGAUGAAGAGCUGGACAGGCAGGUCCUGUUGGCCGAGCAGCGACGAGAGGAAGAAAGGCUUCUGCAGGAGGAACAACAGAGGGAGAAGUUGGAGAAAAUCAAAGCUGUGGAGGAGCGAGCAAAGAGACGGAAGAUGCGAGAAGAAAAGGCCUGGCUGCUUUCUCAAGGAAAAGAGCUGCCGCCCGAACUCUUGAAUCUAGAGCCGCCUUCACCUGCCCAGAGAACUCGCAGGAAUAAACAAUUUUAUGAAAUAGACGACGACUACACUGCUCUUUAUAAAGUGCUCGACGCUCUGAAGGCUCAUAAAGAUGCUUGGCCUUUCUUAGAGCCUGUUGAUGACUCAUAUGCCCCCAAUUACCAUGAUAUCAUCCAGACCCCCAUGGAUCUGUCCACCAUUGAGAAGAAGCUCAACAAUGGGGAGUACCUUGCUAAAGAGGAGUUUGUUGCUGAUGUGAAGCUCAUGUUUGACAACUGCAUCGAGUACAAUGGAGAAGACAGUGAAUACUCCAUCAUGGCAGAGUCUCUGGAGCGGUGCUUCAGCCGGGCCUUGAUAAAACAUUUUCCAUCCGAGGAUGGUGAUACGGAUGAAGAGUUCCACGUCAGUCGAGAAGACAAGGAGCGCAAGGACAAAAAGCGUAACCGCAACAGUAAACAUUCAGGACCUGAAAGUUUGAUCAGGGCCACUGAGCAAGUCCAGCGUAAGCGAAACUCGCAGGGCGGCAAGGGGACCACGCCUUCAGAGGGACAGGACGGCAAGCUGGCACGAGCACCUGCCCCUUCUCACUGGACUAAUGGCCCUGUUCACCCUCACAACCUGCCUCCCAGCCAGCAGCAGCUGCGUGACGGAGGCAUCAGGGGCUUGUAUCACCCAGUGCAACAGCAGCUUCAUCAUCUAACUGGUCCACCUGGCCCCCCCGGUCCUCAUGGUCCUCAUAUGUAUGCCCAAAGAAUGGCAAUGGAUCCUCGUUUUGCUCAUCCACUUCACAUUCCUAGACACAGAGACCCCAGCUUGAACCGCUUACCUCACAGCUUUAACAUGCAGCAUCGCAUGCCUGAUGGACAUCACAUGGGCCACCGGUAUCCAAUGAGGCCAGAUCCUAAUGAGCAACAGCCACCACAGCAGCACCCUUAUAUGGGUCCUACUCACGGCCCAUCCUUAGGCCCACGGCCCAUCGCCCACCAGCCUGGUCCUCCUCCUGAAGCCACCAUGUAUCCAUCCCACCACCAUCCAGAGGGACACACCAUGCAUCCUGUAAACAACAAAUUUCCUGGGCCGCAAGGCCCCCCCCAGCACCACUAUCCAGACUUGAGGCCUUCCGGCAUCGGUGUGUCAAACAUGUGGCCCGGUAGAAAUCACCAGGGCCAGGAGAGACAAAAUGACAUACACAUGCAAGAUCCCAAUAUCAUGAACCAACGCAACUUCAGCUACGGCGGAAUCCCUCCUCCGGUUGGGCAUAAACCGUGGCCAGAAGCUGCUGGUUAUCCCAAUCAUCCUUCCAAUGCUCAGUAUCAAAUGUCUGCAGCGGCCAGCUCCCUGGGUCCCAUGUCCUCCCGGCCUCCUGCGCCCCAGCCAGACCCCUCUGGCCGGACCCGCUUGUCCUCCAUGUUGGAAAGCCCAGAAAUGCGCGCCAUGCAGCAACUGUCGGCGUCUUCUGGACCCCCCGCCGGUACUCCUCAUCAGAACACAGGCAACUUUCAGCAGCCGGAGCCCCCAUCAGGACUUGGCAGCAUCCCAACGCAUCCCUGCAAUCGCCCUCCCCCUACCCCUGAGGUUCAGCUGCUGCAUUCUGCUCGAGACAAAGGGCCAGACAACCAGCCUUCCCACAAGACAGACAUGAACCCCAAAGGCACAUCAGUGAAGAAAGUGCCUUCCAGCAUAUCGGAAGGUUCAUCACAUAAUAACAUCUUUUCAGUUACCCAAGACCAUCCCUCCAUCUCUAGCCCUGCUCGACAUUACAGUAAAACACUUGAUGGGAUGCAAAGUCCUCCCGCCUCUAACCUGAGCAGAUCCCAGGAGAAUCUGUCUGGACCGGGGCUAACGCAGAAUUCACCCGAGACACACAACCAAGGACUGUCUGCAAGUAGUGUCACUACUGCUUCAUCCCAUAUCAGUACAACUAACACCAGCUCCACUGAGCAGGCUCCACAUCACCCACCUAAGCAAGCACAAACCAGCCCACAGCACAGUGCUCCAAGCCCUGCACAUCUUCCACAGAGUUUACCACCACUGCAUGUUUCUGAAUCUCAGACCAAACAGAAUGAUCGUCAGCGAGGUGAACACCAGCUGAGCAUCCAAAAACAGCCGUGUCAAGCUACCCAGAGUACCCUGCCUCGAACCCAUGCUGAGAGCUCUCCCCAGGCGAUGACACAGCACACAGAGCAACUCAGUUCUUUAGUACCUUUUCAUCCAGCCCCCCAAAGAAUCUCUCCACAAUGCCCUUCACAGAGCAGCCCCAUACACGGGAUGCCGCAGAGUAUAACUCAGGGAGGCCAGCCCGUCCCCCCUCAGCCAGCCCCUUGCACCUCUUUACCACCCAGUCACCCUGCCCCGCUAUUACCCUCCCAACCCAGCCCAGCAGACCGUGAAGAUCAAAGACCGAGUGAGCCCACGAGUAGGCCUCCCACUGAAAGCACCAGCAUCGCACCACAGCAGACCAUGAUGCCGACUGGACCACCAAUUAGUAUUUAUGAACAUCAGGCUUUUAGUCCAAACCACAAUCAAACCCAGACGGUGGGUGGCAACAUGGCUAUGCAGGCUCAAAGUGCGCCACCCCAGGGACACAAUCCAGUCAUACUCCCUCCCUCCCAAGGUCAGGUCAAUGGAGCGAUGGGUCAGUAUGGCAUUGGUAAUCCUCCACAUUCACACUACAACCAGAGCAGGCCCAUGCCUCCCUCCGCUCACCACCCGUAUCACAACCAGUCACUAAAUGCGCUCCACAAUCCCGCCCCACACCCGCCCUACCAUCAGCAGGGAGGGACUUCAUACUCGUACAACAUGCCUUCCCAACAGCACCCACAAGCCCAUAACAACAUGUACCCACCACAUCAGUACCAGCAGGACACCUACUAUCCUCAGCCCCAUCCUCAAACUCAUCCUCACAAUCAACCCAAUGGCAGAAGAGUUUACCCUCCUAAGGAGUGGCAUCGUUCUGUUUACCAGCCUCACCAGCCAAUCCCACCCAGUGCGUACUUACCUGUAGCCGGUGUCCGAGCCAAAGUUCAGUCAAAGGAAAGUAGUGCAUCGCCCCUUGGUUCUGAGGGUUCCUGUGGGACUGGUUUGGUGUCACCUGGCCCUGUCGCUGAAGUAGGGCCACAAUCUGGAGACACAGAGGGAGGGGAAUGUGACACCAGGGGGAGGCCUGGUACGGGCGGCAGCAGCAGCGGCAGUCCAGCAAAGCAGGCUCAUAACGAGAACCCGGAGCGACCUGAAAGUCCUAAAGAAAUCCUGGAUCUGGACAGCCAUAACGCAGUUGCCCGCAGUCGGAGUGUCCAUCCAUUUCAGCAGCAGCAGCAUCCACCUGCUUCUGCUGCACAAAUGACAUCAGGCUUCAUGUACGACGCUCGAACUUUGCACCGUGGGAUGCACACAGGUGGUGUCCCUCCACCACAUAUGAUGUCUCAAGGUUGUGCACUUGGGAAUGGAAAUACAUACCCCGGCCAGCCAUAUCCAGAUCCGGGGCGCUUUGCUGCCCAGAGGCCUCUCCCCCACCUUAUAGAAGCUCUGCAGCGGCCCCAGCAACUGCCCUACUCCCCAGGCCAGACACGCAUGGCCAUGUACAGACACCUCAGACCUGCGGGGCAGUUUCAGGGCAUGAUGAUUCAGCAGAGAGGCCUCGGACCAGAACUCUACUUGCGUCCCGGACAACAGAUGAUGGUUGCUCCAGGCAGCCCAAGAGGUAAGCAAGGACUAUGACAAACUGUUAUUCAAAACAUGUUAUCAAACAUCUGAGCGAGGCUGGGAACCAAUCACACCCUAACCUGAGGGUUUUGGAAGGGACACUUUUCUCCACAUACAUCACACACUGAUUGUCAUUCUUACACUGUACUAAAGCUUUUGCCCAUCACUGGACGUGAAGAUCCAUCCAAGCAGCUGGAAUUUCCAAGACAAUUCAAAUGUGAAAUCUUAUCGAGCCCUGGUGAACAAAUAUAUUUUCACUAGCCCUGCUUUAGAGAGUUGAUGGUGGCCAGUUACAUCAUUGCUCUCUGGGAGUAAUAGUAAUGGCUUACUUGAUGAUCCGUCAGCAGAACAGUUGCUUCCCAGUAUGAGCAGUGAAACUUUUAUCUUCCCACAAAGGGAAGCCUAAACCACUAGGUCAGCCUGACAGACGUGGGGGACGCGGCCCCCAAGAACACUGGACGACCGUCUUCUAUUUGAAACUAAAAUAUGGAUGGAGUCAUGUCUGCUCGACACAAACCUGUCCACUGACUGUUGAGCAGGACGGAGCUACUGAUGGACUGUGAUAAAGAGAGGGACUACUGUUUUACUGUUUUUGUUUUUUAAAAUCCAACCAUAUCUUUUGAACUCAGGUGUAGAAAAGGAGGUACUAUGAGACUGUCACCCUAGCCCAGUUAACUCACAGGCCCCUUGCAGUUGCCUUUGCUUUCCUUUAUGAAUGUAUGAGUGAAUGUGUAGACAAGAAAUUCAGCACAGUAGUUGCACAUGAAAGGGCAGGUAACACUAAAACUUGUCUAAAGAAUUGACUGUACAGCCUAGCUACUGUCCAUUCCCGCCCCUAAGUCUCAACAGCUCCUAACUUGAGUAAACACAGUAUGCAUCUUUUGAAGCUGCCUUCAUUUUUAAGAAUGUCUUAGCUCAGAGGAAAGGCAACAAUGGUGCUAUCUGUAUCCACAUGUACCUGAUUCUCUGUUAUGCACUAUGGAUUUUGUCAAUCUAGACAUCCUAAAAUUGAGUGGCCUUUGUUAGUCUUAUAUUAAUUGUUGCCUCUUAACAAAAAAAUGUUUGAAAAGAGUAAUGUAUAUACUAAUUGCAACCCUACAUUGCUGAGAUUUGCUUCAGGUGAAUAGAAUCUGACUCUUAUCUAAUUGUUCUGUGCAUGUUCGCGGCACACACAGAGAAAAAAAAUGCUUUUAUUUAAACCAUCAUCAACCAUAGUGGAACAUUGUUGUAUUUCACACAAACAUUUGUCGAUUUUAGUUCAUUGUUCCUUUAUGGUCCUGCCAUUUUCAUUGUUGCAUCAUUUGAGUGUUUCCUCUUACUGUUAAUGCUAAGAUUAUACUCAGGGUCUACAGUUUUUAAAUACGGGUAUUGUUAUAAGUGAUUUAGAGGAGGAGCAGCAUAGAGAAAAUGGGACUACAGCUAUGGUUAAACAGUCCACCUUAUGGAGAUGCCUAUUAAAGAGUCACUAUUUUUUCGUGUUUGAUCAUAUUUGAGUUUGUUGGAUCAAAUUUCUUUUUCGGCAUUCCAUUAAAUUUGGUGUUAUG